GAAUCGUGAUCAUUGAAAAAUGGAAAUAGAUUUACCAAAAAUGGAAAAACAUGUUCUUGUGGAAUACUUGAGUAAUGUUAAGUCUGUGAUAUGUGAAACUUUCAAAUCUAUGCAGCGUAUAAAGCUCACCAGUUUUGAUGUUUCUCCUUUUUAUAUAAUUUUUGGGACCAGUAGUGGAGGAAUUUAUAUUUUCAAGAGAUCGCCAUGCCAAUUUUUAAGAAUCAUACCUAGCAAAGAGGGUUCUACUAUUCAAGUUGCAAUAUCACCAAACGAAAAACACUUAGCUGUUGCUAGUUCCAGAGGUCUUGUAGUAAUUUUGGAAAACUUUUUUGUGGAUAUGAGUCUCAGGCCUCUUAUUCACAUUGAACAUGAAGGGAACACUCUGACUGUGAUGAAAUGGCAUGGCAAUGAUCUUUAUUGUGGAGACCAUAUGGGAAAGAUAUCUGUUUUCACAGUAGCCACAUUAUUGACCAAGGCAAUAUUUCAGACACCUUCUGCUACUUUGAUGCAACUGGACUCCACUAUAAUACAAAUAGAUACCUACAAACAUUACUUAUUGAUUUCCACAAAAACUAGGACUUAUUUGUGUGAUACUGAUAAAGAACACUUCAAGCAAAUAGGCAAAAAACUGAGAGAUGGGCAUUUUGGUGCUUGUUUUUAUCAUAUCAGCAAUACAGCACCAAAUGAGACUUACCAUAGUUCCAGAGCUACCUUCAAGACUAUAAAAGACAAUGAACAAUUUUCCAGCAGCAUUAAUAAUGGUGAUGCAAAAAUUUUCUGUGCUAGGCCAGGUGCAAGGAUUUGGCAAGUCAAUUUUGAGGCAUCUGUUUUGGCAACUUACCAGCUGCGUGAUACUUUAAACCAGGGAUCUUUGGAUGUCAUACAUAUUGAAGAUUGUGAUACUACAAGAUUGAAUAUGAGUGGUCUAAAUGGUGCAAGCAUUUCAAAAAAUUUCAGCUUUGGUAAGAUUUAUUUGUUAUGCCAAAGGUUUAUCUUCUCUUAUGACAAUGAAGGAAUGUAUUUUUUUGAUCCUGCUGUCAGCAGUGUAGCAUUUUGGAGCCCUACAUUGAAAAAUAUCAUAGAUGUAAGAAUUUUGAACUCUCAUAUCUAUGUUUGGUGCAAUGGACUACAUCUACAUAUAAUUUCUUUACAAUCUCUAGAAAGUUUACUCAUCAGUACUUUAAUGAAAAAACAGUAUUAUUUGUGUGCAGAACUUUGUUUACAUUUUGAAAAAGAUGUUAAAAAGUUGCUAGAAUAUUCUAAGAAUAUUCACCUCCUAAGACAUUUAAAUGUCAAACUAGUAGAAUUUGGGAUGAAUGAUCUGUUUGAAAAACUAAAACCUGUUCUCAACAUGCUAGAAGAGCAGUACAAGAAACAAAAUUCAGAAAUGAGGCUGAAUAACAAAAGUGUUUUCAAUGAAAAUUGUGAUAUGUACUUACCUAGAACUGUAGAAACCUUAAAUCAAAGAACUACCCUAGUAGUGAAAAAUUCUGUGAUGGACAGAGGAGAUGAUGAAGAAGGAAAGAAAUAUGUAAUUUCUAUUUACAAACAGUAUUUGCUCAAUAAGACACAUAGAAAAGCUGAAUUGACUGAGACCAGUAAUAUUUUCAACAUGCUCAACUUAGAUGAUUUGUUGCCACUUCUUGAGGACUUUACUAGAUAUGUUGAAGAAAAAGACAAUGAGUGUGCUUCAACUUGGUGUCAAGAACAGUUACUAAAACAAGCUGUCAAAGGAGAAAUUGAGAGUAUCCAGACAAAAACUCUUAUUUGUCUAACAGAGGCAUUUUUCACUGAAAAUAGCAACAAAGAAUUGAGUUGUCAAUGCAGUUUUCCAUUACCCAAGGCUCACACCCGAAAAUUAGAACAUUACAACUUGGCUUCUAAAUUAUUUGAUAUGUCAACAGAAAAAAAUGAAUUUUUAAGUAAAAUUCCUCAAAUACACAAACACAGGUUAUCAAAAUUGAGUAACUUGCAUGAUCUCAUGCUAAAUUUACCCAUUCUCACUCAGUUUAGUGACAAAGAAGUAUUCAAGGAACAUGUGGAUACUUUGACAUAUGAUGGCUGGGAGGAAAUUGUCAAGUUAUACAUAAAACUGAGACAAAAACUGUGCUUAAACUGUGGCAGAACUAUUGAUAAUGAAAAUGCAUUAUCAUGGACUGAAAUUGGUAUGUUGAUAAUAGAAUCAAUUGGGAGUAGAAAUGCAAAUAGACUGAUGGGGAGAUAUGCCCAGUGUAUACCCAAUGGUGAAUUGGAUGCAAAGUUUUAUCAGAGCUGCAUUUUUACCAUGACAUGUGAGGAACCAGGAGUUGGAAUACAUUUCAUGGAAAAUGUUGUUAAUAAUGAUAAUUUUCCAAAGUUUGGUGAUCUGAUGGAAAAAUUCUUGCAGAAGAAAUACUUGGGCAACCAAUCACAUAUCACUACUAAACUCAACUCAAAUGACCUCUUAGAAGUAUGUUCCUAUUGUAAAUUAUCUAUCAAAGGACCAGUUUUAUCUGAGAUUAAAAAGUGUGAUAAGGGACAUAACUUUCAUAGUAUAUGUUUUCUUCAUAGUAGCAAUUUUUGUAAUGUAUGCAUGUUGGCUAGCUGAUUUUGUAGAUUUUAUUUUACUAUAAAAAUCACUGAUAUUGAAAUAAAAAGGCUUGUUGAUUGA